AUGAACCGCUACCUGCUGCCCCUGUCGGUGCUGGACAAGACUGUUGUGUUGUUUCUUGUCCUCAGGGACUAUGUCACCAGCGGGGCCUGCCCCAGCAAGGCCACCAUCCCCGGAAAGACGGUCAUUGUGACGGGUGCCAACACGGGCAUCGGGAAACAGACAGCCAUGGAACUGGCCAGGAGAGGAGGCCGCAUCAUCCUGGCCUGCCGAGACAUGGAGAAGUGUGAGGCAGCGGCCAAGGACAUUCGCCGGGAAACCCUCAACCACCACGUCCAUGCUAGGCACCUGGACCUGGCUUCCCUCAAGUCUGUCCGGGAGUUUGCCUCGAAGAUCAUUGAAGAGGAGGAGCGCCUGGACGUGCUGGUCAACAACGCGGCGGUGAUGCGCUGCCCCCACUGGACCACGGAGGACGGCUUCGAGAUGCAGUUUGGCGUUAACUACUUGGGUCACUUUCUCCUGACCAACCUGCUGCUGGACAAGCUGAAAGCCUCGGCCCCCUCGCGGGUCAUCAACCUCUCGUCCUUGGCCCAUGUCGCCGGGCACAUGGACUUUGAUGAUCUGAACUGGCAGACGAGGACGUACAACACCAAAGCGGCUUACUGUCAGAGCAAGCUGGCCGUGGUCCUCUUCACCAAGGAGCUGAGCCGGCGGCUACAAGGCUCUGGCGUGACCGCCAAUGCCCUGCACCCCGGCGUGGCCAGGACGGAGCUGGGCAGACACACAGGCAUGCAUAGCUCCACCUUCUCCAACUUCACGCUCGGGCCCAUCUUCUGGCUGCUGGUCAAGAGCCCUCAACUGGCGGCCCAGCCCAGCACGUACCUGGCUGUGGCAGAGGAGCUGAGGGGCAUUUCCGGAAAGUACUUCGAUGGACUCAGAGAGAAGGCUCCAGCCCCAGAGGCCGAGGACGAGGAGGUCGCUCGGAGGCUCUGGGCUGAAAGUGCCCGCCUGGUGGGCUUGGAGACAUCCCGUGGGUCCUCUGCGGGGGAACAGUCCCUCUCCAGGUGACCUCUGGAGCACGCUGGAAAGCCUCAUGGACCGGGGGCGGUGGUUCAUGCCCGUCAGCCCAGCAUUUUGAGAGGCGGAGGCGAGAGGA